AUGGACGCCCUGAAGGCCGAGCUCCAGCGCAAGCGGAAGCAGAAAGAGCUGGACUUCGGUGGGAGCAAGUACGCCAGGCGCGGGGAGGUCGUGGACAGGCAGCUGAAGAGGCUGAGGUCCGAGGAGCGGAAGGAGCUCGAGGAUAAGGCAAAGAGACAGAAAGAUGAUGCGGGAGUCCCUGAACCAGACAGAGAUGAAAACACAGGAAGAGAUGAAAACACGGUACAGCCAUUGCUGGAGCUCAGCAAGCAAGAAGUUGUUCGGCGACUGAGAGCUCUUGGGCAGCCUGCGACACUCUUUGGUGAGGAUGAUACAGCCCGUGCAGCACGUUUGGUGAAAGCUGAGGAGGAAAUGAAGGUUGAGGACGAAGCGAUCGGAGGCCAGCAGGCGAACACGCUGCUUCAGCUUCAGAAAGAGGACAAGGCAAGCAGGUCGGUGGCAAAGGUGGAGGCUGCACUUGCACAUGAAAGGGCAGCAACGGAAGACACCGUCAAUGAGAAACAGGACACUUCCCAGGCCAUUGUGGAUGCAACUUAUGAACAGUUUCAAAGGGCUGCAGCACGGCUGGCAUCCACUCGUAAAGAAGAAGAUCUGCCAUUUGAGGAUAGGAUUCUAGGCCAGCUGAGGAGGUGGUGUGAGGAGUGGAAGGAGGAUCUGGAUGUGCGACCAGCUGAAGUCGCUGAGUCGAGAUCAGGCCAUCUGGCCACUAUGAUGUACAGAGAAAACAUGAAGCAUUUCGAGGCAUUGUUUCAGAGGUUAGAGAAGCGGGAAUUGGAUGAAGAACUUGUGGCAGGCCUUUGGAUGGUGGUCAAGGCUAUGAGAGAUCGCAACUACCUUCACGCCUAUGACAUAUACUUGAAACUGGCCAUUGGCACUGCCCCAUGGCCCAUUGGUGUCACAAGUGUCGGCAUCCACGAGCGUUCAGCACGGGAAAAGAUUUCACACGUUCGAAAUGUGCACGGUGAGGCCCACAUAAUGAACGAUGAGGCAACACGGAAGUACUUCCAAGGUCUGAAGAGGCUGAUGACAUUUGUGCAAAGAGCAUAUCCAACAGAGCCAUCGCGUAGUGUGGAUUUCAACUCUGUGAGCGAUCCUGGAAGGGGAGCGGCGGGAGCUGGAUGUGAUAAGCAAGCCUUGAUGGAGGCUGAGACUAUGGGUGUGGGACCCAAGGCUCUGGGCCUUUCUGAUGCCCCACAUUUUCUGGAGAAAGAUGGCAGUGUAAAAGUGCCACCACGCUGGAUUAACAUUCUAAAGCAGAGUGAAUUGGCAAAGAAGACGUGGGAGGGAAGUUGA